CGGUUCGAGAUUUGGACGCACGGUUUAAGAGAUAAAACGUUUUGAAUAAACGGAUUUACGAAAAAAGGAAAAACUCCCAGGUUGCGACAAGUGGCGCGCUCCAUGUGCGCCACUUGUCGUGACUUGGGAAAUUGGAGUGUUCUUUACCACGAGUACUCCUUAAUUAGUGAUUUCGAAGUUUGCCUCCGGGUUGUGUAAAUAUUUUACUGUAGGCUGUAGCGUAACUAAUUUACUAGUAGAUGAUGAUUAAGCAAGAUGCCUGAGGUGGUUACCAUUGCAUUACACUGUGUUGAUUGGCCAACUGAUUACGAAGUAUAUGUCAGCUAUUUCCUACUGAUGACGAUCCAUUGACUCACUCCGGUUUUGCAAGGUGUCCCAGAACUGAAAUUGCGUGCAGCUUUUCCAUUGGCUGAUGUGCCGAGCCCGCAAGGCACCACCUUGUGUAUAUUGUAUAGUGUCCAUACAGUGAGAUUGUCUAGACCAUUUGUCUAGAGAGUCAGCGCUACAGAUCAUCAAACCAAGAGCUGACUGAAAUUAACUUUUGCCAAUAUAACCACCACCAGUGCAUUAUAGUACACUGUUGCCGCAGAACCAUGGACAGGACAACUGGACAAGUGGUGUGAAAAGCCAAUCUUUGCUCGUCAGCUUUCUUUGAGCUCAAGCAUCAGAGUUCCAGUCAGAUUCAACCAAACCGACCGACUAAACUCCUCGUGAUGCUUAUACAAUAAUCAGAUCACAGCAACGGAACCUCCAGUGAACACUAGUUUAUUACACGAUGCUUAAUUACCUCCCAAGAAAUUCCAUCUCAUCUUCUUAGAUCACCGUGGAUGCAUAAAAUAAACCUGUUUGACUUGACCUGAUCACUCCGUAGUACAUAUGAACAGUGAUCUUCACUAACCUGUCCAAAUCAACAACAUUCUAGUGAUGGUACGGUCGAUGAGACCCUUCGUCCUGGUGCUUUUGAUCACUGUCAGUGGUUUGAGCUUGUUGCUCCCAUGCCCGCCAGCCGUCGCGGCGGCGCGCGAGAGCCUCGUCCGGGGCGCCUCUAUUGCCGUCGAGGACUAUGCCACCGACUUCCUGCGCUCGCCGGGCGGCACCUUCGCCUGCGGCUUCUACCGCGUCUCCUCCACCGUUUUCACCUUCUCCAUCUGGUUCACGCGCGCCAAGGAACGCUCCGUCGUCUGGACCGCCGAUCGCACGCGGCCUGUCCACAGCACGGGCUCGCGCCUCACGCUAGAUAAGCGCGGUGGCGCGCUCAUCCUCACCGACUACGACGGCGAGCCGGUGUGGAACUCCACCGUGGCCGGCGCUCCGACGGCCUCGCGCGCCCAGCUCCGCGACACCGGCAACCUCGUCGUGGAGGACGCCGACGGGAGAGCGCUCUGGCAGAGCUUCCACUUCCCCACGGACACGCUGCUGCCCACGCAGCGCCUCACCGCGACGACUCGCCUGGUGUCGUCGCGCGACGACAGGCUGCUCUCCUCCGGCUACUACAGCCUCGGGUUCAGCGACUACGCCAUGCUCUCCCUCUUCUACGACAACGGCAACUUCUCCAGCAUCUACUGGCCCAACCCCUACAACAACUACGUCGCCAACAACCGCAGGAUCUACAACUUCACCCGCGAGGCCGCCAUGGACGCGCUCGGCAACUUCCUCUCGAGCGACAACGCCAACUUCCAGGCGGCCGACCUCGCCGCCGCCGGUGUCCGGAGGCGGCUCACGCUCGACGCCGACGGCAACCUCAGGGCGUACAGCCUGGACGCGGCGACGGGGACGUGGGCGGUGUCGUGGAUGGCGUUCCGCAACCCCUGCACCAUCCACGGCGUCUGCGGCGCCAACGCGGUGUGCCUCUACGCGCCGGCGCCUUCGUGCGCCUGCGCGCCGGGGCACGAGCGAACCGACCCCGGCGACUGGACCAGGGGGUGCCGGCCGACUUUCCGGCAGCGCCAGUGCGGGAAGCCGACGCGGACGCCGACGAGGCUGAUGGCACUGCCGCACUCCGACUUCUGGGGCUACGACCUCAACGACGGCGAGAUCAUGCCGUUGGCGGAGUGCGCCAGGAGGUGCCGCACCAACUGCGCAUGCGUCGCGUUCCAGCACAAGGCCAACAUGGAGUGCUACCUCAAAAGCGUCCUCUUCAACGGCAGGACGUUCCCCGGCUUGCCGGGGACGGUGUACAUCAAGGUCCCGGUCGACUUCGUCGUCCCGGAGUUCCACGUCCACCAAUGGCAAGCGCACGUACACGGCGGCCUUGCCAUCCUUGAGGAGAACAUCACCGGCUGCGGCGACCGCGCCGCUCAGGAGGUCCUCCUCAACGCCUCCGCCUUGUCACACAAGCACGUCGGUGACGCCGCGGGGAAACCGGUGUGGCCGUACCUGUACGGGUUCCUGUCGGCGCUGCUCGUCGUGGAGGCCGUUGUCAUUGGGCUCGGCUGCCUGCUCUUCUCCAGGAAGGGACUGUUCACGCGGUCUUCCCCGGUGUACCCCAUGGACGAAGGCUACAGACUCAUCCUCCUCACCACAAGUUUCCAGAGAUACAGCUACGCUGCGAUCAAGAAGGCCACGGGGAACUUCGCCGACGAGAUCGGCCGCGGCGGGUCUGGCGUGGUGUACAGGGGCGUUCUCGACGACGGCCGGAUCGUGGCCGUCAAGGCGCUGACGACGAGCGUGAGCCGCUCCCACGGGGAGGAGGAGUUCCAGGCGGAGCUGAGCGUGAUCGGCAGGAUCUACCACAAGAACCUGGUGAGGAUCAUCGGCUGCUGCUCCCAAGGCAAGCACCGCAUCCUCGUCUCCGAGUUCAUCGAGAACCGCUCGCUCGCCACGAUGUUGUUCUUGGACGAAGACGGCGACGGUGACGGCGGCGAUGAUCACGACGACGUCCUCGGGUGGAGCCAGCGGUUCCGGAUCGCCGUCGGCGUGGCCAGGGGCCUCGCCUAUCUGCACAGCGAGUGCCUCGAGUGGAUCAUCCACUGCAACAUGAAGCCGGAGAACAUAUUGCUGGACCGUGAUCUGGAGCCCAAGAUCACCGACUUCGGGCUCGCCAAGCUGCUGGACCGCCGCCCCCUCGGGUCCGCCUCUCGCCUAGUGCGGGAGGCGAACCCGUCGCGGCGGAUCAGGGGGACGAGGGGGUACAUGGCGCCGGAAUGGGUGUCGAGCCUGGCCAUCAGCGACAAGGUCGACGUGUACAGCUUCGGCGUGGUGCUGCUGGAGCUGGUGAAAGGGGUCAGGGUGGCGGACGGCGACCAGAAUACGGACGUCAGGGCCGUGGCCAAGGCUGUGAGCGAAAAGAUGCAUUCCGGCAGCGUGGAUGAUCUUGUGGAUGGCCGGCUCGCCGGCGACUUUAACCGCGCGCAGGUGAAGGUGGUGGUUGGUGUUGCCUUGUCGUGCUUGGAGGAGGACAGGAACCGGCGGCCGAGCAUGAGCGCGGUGGUGCAGGCGCUCGUCUCCGUUGAAGAUGCGUGAACCCAAAGGUGAUCUGCGCCCUUCUCCUUGGAACAGACGACGUCUACUUUAUUUAUUUUAUUUUGGCCGAUCAGUAAUUCGUGUACUCAACACUUUUGCUCACUCUUGGUGAUAACCGUAUUCUCCGAAAACUCCAUAAAAUACUGUGCUGCCAAACGUAGUCUUUGCUUUGCCCCAAAAGUGCCCAUCAUUCAGCGUACAAAAUAUUGACCGAAAGUAACUGUAGCAAAUAUUGAACUUGUAUUAAACUCCCUCCGUCUGGAAAUGCUCGUCGGCGAAAUGGAUUUAUCUAUGGGAUAAUUAAGUUGGUGAAAAUGCUUGGACACCACAUGCAUUUGAAUGAACAGAAAAAUAGCAGAAAAGUUAAAUCAUUCUAAAAUUUUAACAAACAUGGUCGAGUGUUGUACUCGCAUGUGUUUUCAUGAAGAAACAUGAUGUUUUAGGCGAAAAAGACAAAAUCGAACCUCCAAAACAUUCUUUGUAGAGCAUCGGUUCUGUCUUUUCUUUUGUUUUCUUUUCCCAGAGCACGAUUUCAUUUUUCACGAAAAUUCGAGCAUGGGAACCGAUGACGUUUGUUAAAAGUAUUUUUUUUAACUCUUUGGUGCAGCUGUUGUUUAUCUGGUGCCAUUGCACCUAGGAGCCAAACGUCCGCGUUGGUGAGUUUGGGAUCAAAAUGUUUGGUUGUUUAUUCAAAGGUUUACAUGAUUUUCAUGGAGUUGCAUGCUUUGUUAUCCUUGUUGUAGGAUUUUCACCUUUUUCACAAUAAUGAUGAGCGCUUCCUCGACAGGGGCUACCCUUCUCCACCAAGCAUGCAUAUAACCUUUUAACGCUAGAAGAAGGCAAUUUUUUUUGCUAAUGUUCGAUCUAAUUUUGGCUAUAAAG